CCCUUUUUUACGCAUAAACAUAAUAAUAUCAGUUCGGUCAAACAAAACCCUUUUGAAAAAAUACAAAGACAAUGGGUGCAUUUCUGAAGCUAAUCGACGUGAUCCUGUUCAUCGUCUUCCUUGUAAUCGCAAUUGCAGCUCCACUUCUCGAUGCUCAAACAUGUCUUCCUUCCAAUAUCUUCCCGGACAUCCUGGUAAACCUCAAGACAUGGUACACCCACCAAUACGGAGAUUACUUGGUCUCCGAAAAACCCCAUUUCUUCGUUGGCCUUAUUUGGCUCGAGCUUCUCUUCGCGUGGCCUCUAGCACUCGCUUCUCUCUACGGGAUCGUUGCUGGGAAAUAUUGGUUGCGCACCACCUGUUUGUUGUAUGGCGUCUCCACUUUGACUUCUAUGGUUGCAAUAUUAUCAGAACUUGUGGGAUCUGGAAAAGCAUCAGAAAAGCUGUUGAAGAUGUAUUCUCCGUUUAUGGGUUUUGCUGUUUUAGCCAUCUUGCGAGGUUUGCUUCCACAUUCUCGCAAGUCAAAUGCAAUUGGCACAAGACCCUCUUUGGUUAGGAAGAAAAGAGCUUGAAAUGGUUUACCAAAAUUUCCAUUCGUAUUUAAAGCCUUAUGGUAUUGUUGUAACUUGUAAACUUAUCAUGGGAUUAAGAUUAUUAUUUACACAUUGUUUUUGACGCAUUAUGAGCCAAAUAGUUUGUUUUUUGUAUUUUGUUUCUCGCGUAUGUAUCGGUUUUAGAUAUUAUAUAUGUAAUUGGUAUUGGUUAACG